AUGAUCCUUACCAUCGCCCAAUUGCAGACUUUUACACCUGCAGGUCAGGAUGAUAUAACGUAUGCCGUUAAUAUCCCUCAACAAACUGCUACCUCUGGCUUAGGCCCCAUUUACUUCCAAUUGAAAUCCACACGCAACCUUCAGUGGUUUGCAUGGGGUCAGGGAUCCCGAAUGCAAGGAGCAAAUAUAUUUGUUGUUUAUGCAAAUGCCAACGGCAAUAAUGUCACUGUCUCUCCCCGGUUAGGCGUGGAGCAUGUGGAACCGCUUCAUAACCCCAAAGCCCGUCUUUCUGUGUUGGACGGCAGUGGAAUCAGUAAUGGCAUUAUCACUGCAAAUAUCCGGUGUGAUAGUUGCAUCACCUGGCCUGGUGGGCAUGAAGAUACAACAAGCUCGUCUAGCCCAUGGGUCUGGGCUUUCAAAUACGGGAACCCACUCGAUAGCAACAGCUUGUCAGAAACUAUCAGUAUACAUGAUGCUUCAGGAAUUGCAGCGCUAAACCUUCAAAAAGCUACUGGUGGCAAAUCCAACAACCCAUUCCUCACCACAUCUGGUACAGCCACUAGCUCAGGACAGUCUGUAUUAUCCGAUAACUCUCCCCCCAUUCAUAAGAAAAGAAUUGCCCAUGCCAUUAUCAUGAUCACUGUAUUUGUUGUUCUUUUCCCUUCAUUUGCACUAGUCCUUCAUGUCUUUCCAUCGUCAAAAAUGCUUUGGAUUCACGCAUAUUUGCAGCUCUUUACUCUUACUCUUGCAAUUGCUGGCCUUGGCCUUGGAAUUUCUAUGGCAACAGAACUGGAAUUGAUCGGUGAAUACCACCCAGUCAUAGGGAUGGUGAUCGUUCCGUCCCUUAUUCUUUUCCAGCCUGCUAUGGGCCUUCUCCAGCACUGGUAUUUUUGCAAGGCCAGAAAGAAGGGAUUGUUUGGUUAUUUGCACCAGUGGUUUGGACGUGUUAUCGUUACUCUUGGUAUCAUAAACGGGGGUCUUGGCUUCCGCCUCACAGGAAUCGGUACGCCAUUUGCUCCAACUGGGGCCGUUGUUGCAUACAGCGUGGUUGCUGGAGUUGUGGCACUUGGUUACUUUUUGACAAUUAUUUUUCUUCGCUAUAAAGGCCCAUUUGAACGAUUUUCAGAGAACGGUGCUUGA